CUGGGAUUCCUUGUGGUGCAUGACCCCACCUCAAUCUUGCUUUGCCGUUGUGCUCCACAAACUCUUUGGGGAAUAGUCCAAUCGGCAGUGUAUAACCGCUAUUUUCGUGCACUUCGCAGUCAUAACGCCGACUCUUUGACUGACCCUAUUCGUGGAGAUAGCACGGGAUCUUCCUCAUAG